AUGACCAUGGAUUCACGGUGGAGUCGCUGCAAUAUGUGCGAAUAUCGUCUAAGAUAUGAGAAGUUCGAAUAUAAAAUGCCUUGCACAAUGCCUCACUCUAUAAAUUCUCAAGGAUCACCAAAUCUGGCGAACAAACCCGGAGAUUGGGGAAAGUGUGAAUUUGCCAGCUAG